CCCCCACCCCACCCCAUCCCGUGCCCAGCCUAAUUCCCUCCGUGUGAAUGACCCCGUUGGGAUCUGCUGUUUUGCAAGCCCGAUCUCUCUCCCCAUGGGGGCCACCCGCUGGGGGAUGUGCUCUGCUGGGAAAAUUAGCCACGAUUUUAUCGUAGCUGUGAAGACACUGCCACCAGAAGAUCAUAAGGUGGUGUCUAUUGCUGCUCGUGACCUUAGCCGGGCUCAGGAAUAUGCCAAGAACCAUGGGAUCUCUAAGGCCUAUGGGUCUUACGAAGAAUUGGCUCAAGAUCCAGAUGUUGAUGUGGUAUACGUGGGCGUGAUACACCCCUAUCACCUCCCUGUUACCCUGCUCUUCAUCCUGGCUGGGAAGCAUGUGCUUUGCGAGAAACCUCUGGGCAUGAAUGCUGCCGAAGUCAAGCGGAUGGUGCAAGCAGCUCAGGAAAAGAAGGUCUUCCUGAUGGAGGCUUUCUGGACCCGUUUUUUCCCUGCUUCAGAGAAGAUCCGUUCCCUGCUCCGGCAAAGGACCUUAGGGGACGUGGUGGCCUUACAUGCUGAGUUUGGCAUCCCUCUGCUCUCAGUACCCAGGUGUGUGGAAAAAGAACUUGGCGGAGGUGCCUUGCUAGACAUCGGGCUGUACUGCGUCCAGCUGGCCUGCAUGGUCUUCCCCGGGGAGAAGCCAGAAUCUAUCCUGGCCUCUGGAUUUUUAUACAAAACAGGAGUCGACAAAAUGGCUUCAGUCAUCCUGAACUACUCUGGCCAACGGCAGGCUGUCCUCACCUACACCAUGGCAGCUACAUUGCCCAAUCGAGCAGUCAUUUGUAGCACGGAAGGAUUAAUUGAGAUCCCUGGUUGUUUCUGGUGCCCAACAGAGUUGGUCGUCAACGGGCAGAAAGAGGAGUUUCCUCUUCCCUCAACAUCCCAAAAACUGAACUUUGGCAGGACCAUCGGACUCAGCUAUGAGGCAGAGCAUGUCAGACAGUGUUUGCUCCAAGGCUUGAAGGAGAGCCCCAUCAUGUCCCAUACAGACAGCGAACUUGUUCACUCCAUCUUGGAUGAAGUCCGGAGACAGCUGGGGGUGUCCCUUGCCCAGGACCAUGCCUGACCCAGGCUCAGUUUAUUCUUACGACCCCACAUGUAUGAGAGAAACUUCCAGAUUUUAACACUAGCAGAUUCACUCCUGUGACUGUAGAGGAAACUACGUGAGCACAAGCAGUGCAGCAAAUAUCGAUCACAGACCUUGAAAUUCAGUUAGGUUUCUGUAAACCAUUUGCCCUGCCUUGUCUUUAACCAAAUGUGAAAUGAAGAGGAGCAGAAUCCUUUUAAUAGAGUUUGUGGCAUAAUCUUUUCCAUUGUAGGUGUUUUACAUUCAAGAUUCUUAUUUACAAUAGAAGAAGACUGAAUAAUGUUAGGAGUGUAAUCCUAUAAGCAUGUUUACUUUGAAGUAGUUAUUCCCGAACAGUGAGGCCCCUCAAAUGCCCUUUUA